AUUCAGACAAGGAGGCGUGUGUAGUAUUUUGUUGAUAUGUUUUAUUGAAGAGGAAAGCCAUACACGUUCGGAAUUAAACAUAGAGUUUUAACUGGACAAUAACGUUUGACUAGCAACAUUCUAACCAGUCAUACACCAACCGAGCUGCACCCGGUUCAUAUGAAAUAUCACCGGUUCAUAUGAAAUAUCAUAUCCUCAUCAUGAACGUGAGCAACUUCAGCUUCCCCAGUAAGGACCUGAAUUCGUCGUAUCAGACAGAUAGCUUGAGGGUGUACAGGGUGAUGUAUGAGUAUGUGCUUCCAAUAAUAGUUUUCGUUGGACUUGCCGGAAAUAUAUCGUCCAUAUACCUUAUACUGUUCGACAAGCAGAUGCGCAAAGUAUCCUCCAGUGUUUUUCUAACAUCCGUGCUGGCGGCGGAUACUGGGAUGCUUAUGAGCCUAUUUCUGGUCUGGAUUGAGUCACUGGGAUACCCCGUAAAUCACCUUCCCGCCGUGUGCCGCAUCAACGUCUAUCUCACAUACGUCUUUGGAUUCCUGUCCAUAUGGUAUGUGGUGUGCAUAACAGUUGAGACGUUCAUAACAAUUUGCCAUCCAACAAAGAUCAAACAAAUGUGCACGUUGUUCCGAGCACGUGCUGUUGCUGUGGUGCUUCUCGUCACGGCACUGGUUCUGUAUGCGGUGGCGCCAAUUAUCACCGAGGCACAAGGCGUACCUCAUUCAAAUUCCACGAAAAUGUGUUUGCCGAUUGCCAAAUACGCCCACUUACUGCAGCUGGUCUACUACGCCGACCUGGUGUUGACCCUGCUGGUUCCAUCUACUGUGAAAGUUAGCGUGGGAUCCGAUAAAAUUGACAGCCUAAAGGCGACGAGGCAGAACACGGCUCGAAAGUACGACAUCGAUGAGGCGUUACGAGAGGCCAAGUUUUGUGUGUUUAACAUUCAAGGACUGUAA